GUCAUUCAAAGAUAUACAAAAUACAUUUACGCAGAAUGCCUGCCAGUUUUCAUUGAAGAAUCAUUUAUUUUUCUAGACAAAAUAACGAACGAAAUCAUUUAGAGAAAGAUAUACUAGCAGCACUGGCGUUUUUCGGAUACCUGUCAUAAUAUUAUUUUGCCCGCAUUGUUUUGAUUGCCGUUUUUUCCUGACGGAAAAUCUAGUAUUUAUUCGUUUUCCUGCUAUUUGACUGGACCUCAGAAUGCCAAGAGUGUACAAAUCCUCGGGAAAAAAGCGCAUUCCCAUAAACCCGGAAAAUCUGAAACUGGCUGUAUGGUUUGUAUCAGAAGGAAACCCGAUUAAAACGACAGCUAGGAUCUUUGAUGUGCCUGUCAUGACAUUAAAAAGAUACAGUCGCCGGCAGAAAGCAACUGAGCCGGAUGUUAUUAGCUAUCAACCAGAUUAUCGGGCACAUUCACGCGCUUUUUCAAACGAAGAGGAGACUUUACUAGCGGACUACAUCGAAAUGGCAAGCAAACUUAAUCAUGGAAUAACUCCACUUUCUGUGCGUAAACUUGCCUUUCAAUUUGCGAUACAAAACGGGACGCCAAUUGCUGCCAGAUGGAAAAACGAGAUAGCUGGUGUUGAGUGGUAUUACGGUUUUAUGCGCCGCUGCAGACGGCUCUCCUUGCGAGUAGCUGAGCCAACAAGUUUGAGUCGUGCCACAAGCUUCAAUAGAAACAACGUGGAAAUUUUUUUCGAAAACCUUCGCAGUCUGAUGAAUCGAUUCUCAUUCGGACCCGAGUCCAUCUGGAAUAUUGAUGAGACUGGCCUCACAACAGUCCAUAAGCCAAAGAAAAUUUUAGCCCCAAAAGGGACAAAGCAGGUAAGCAAAGCGACGUCAGGAGAACGAGGCGAACUGGUGACAGCAUGUUGUGCAAUAAACGCUAGAGGAGAGAACAUUCCUCCUUUCAUGGUGUUUCCUCGGAAAAAUUGGCAGGACAGAAUGUUGAAUAACUCGCCCGUUGGAACUCAAGGCUGUGUUUAUCCAAGCGGCUGGAUGACAGCACCGAAUUUUGUUAAAUUUCUUGAGCAUUUUGUUAAAUAUGCCAAAUGCUCAAUUGAAAAUCCGUCUUUAAUAAUUAUGGACAAUCACGAUAGCCAUACCAGUAUCGAUUCACUGAAUUUCGCCAAAUCGCACGGAAUUCACCUAUUGACUAUUCCUCCUCACACUUCGCAUAAACUGCAACCUUUAGAUAGAACGGUAUACGGGCCACUGAAGGCUUAUUAUAACAGUGCCUGUGAUGAUUGGAUGGCACAACAUGGAGGUAAAACUAUAACAAUUUAUGAAAUAGCGGAAUGUUUUGCAAAAGCCUUCACAAGAGCAUUUACUGCGGAAAACAUACGAAGUGGUUUUCGAGUCUCUGGAAUUCAUCCUCUAAAUUCUAACAUUUUCAAUGACGCUGAUUAUCUCUUGUCGUAUGUAACUGACAGACCAAUACCUCAAAACGAGCACCCGGCGGAAAACGAUAUUUCUAUUCAAGAAAUCACAGCUCCUAAAUCUACUUCUGAAGCUUCGCCUUUUGAGUCAGGGAACAGCAAAGACCGUUUAUUGUAUAAAAAUGAGCCGACUACUGUCGCCAAAGCACCUCAACAAUCAAGAACGAGAUGUCGACGUAAGCCAGCCAGAUUUCGCUCCGUCUGUGCAAAGGAAACUAAACCUUCAAGUCAAGUUACUCCUUCAGUGAACCCACCAACCCCUGAAAAUAAAAUAAUUAAAUUGGAACAAUUCGAACACUCUAAUUCAACUCAAUCAAAUGGAUGUAUGAAAAUCAGAACACCGGAGGAAAUCCAACCCUUUCCCAAAGCAUCGCCACGUAAGAACAACAGAAAAGGGCGCAAACGUGGAGAAACACAGAUUCUUACAGAUACACCAGUUAAAAUUAAACUAGAGGCAGCGUUGGAGAUAAAACAAGAAAAAUAUAAUAGUCAAGAGAAGGGAAAGAAGAAAGGGAAGAAAUCAAGAAAACUUUUGUAAAAUUAGCGAAGAAUAUUAAAACCAGUUCCGAAUUUGACCCUAAAAUUUCGACCAUCAGGAUCAUGUUUUUUUUCUUCUAUUAAAUGAUAUGUAUAAAAUAAAAUAAACAUCAA